AUGUUGCAUUGGAUUCGUACAGAGGCUACAAAACUAGGAUUUGGUGUUGUAAUUGGAAGGUACGAUUAUGAUACAUUUAGAAUAAAUGAAUUUGUGACUUUGACAUGCGAAAGAAGUGGGAAAUAUAUCCGUCGUAUCCAAAAAUUGAAACGCGACGACACCGGUUCAAGAAAAUGUGAAUGCCCAUUUAGAUUGUGUGGUUAUCUUUUGGCAAAUAACAAAUGGAAAUUUAAUGUGAUAUGUGGUUUGCACAACUAUGAUCUAUGUCAAAAGUUGGCUGGUCAUCCAAUUGCAAGCCGACUUCUUCCAGAUGAGAAGACAUGUGUUUCUGACAUGACUUUGAGCUUAGUACCGCCCAAAAACAUUCUUGCAACCUUGAAGCGUAAAAGACCCGGGAAUACAUCAAAUAUCAAGCAAGUUUACAAUAGGCGUUAUCAAUCCAAAUUAGCGCUUAGGGGGGAUCGAACCGAGAUGCAACACCUCAUGGAACUUCUUGAUGAAAACAAUUAUGUUUACCAACAAGUACAGGCUUCCCUUGUUGGAAAUUGUUGGUGUUACGUCGACCGAGAUACAACAUUAAUGAAUUCGGUUGCAACUGUAUUUUUGACUUCUUACGCCUUACUUUGUAAGUAUCAUAUUACUAAAAAUGUGAAAGGUCGGGUUAAACCCGCGGUGGAGACAAAACAGAUUGCAUGUGAAGAUGGAAAACUGGUCAAGACGGACGUUAUUGUGGAGAAAAUUAUGGAUGCAUGGAAUGUGAUAGUAAGUGCAUCUACAAAAGUGGAUUCACACCGGAGGAUAAGUGGAUGUGUUUCCCAGAUAUGGGUAAUCUAA